AAAUUCUUCAUUUACACACUUUUCUAAUUUAUCAAAAUUUUUUUAAAAGAUUUACGUAAAAGAAAUAGGUCUUAAGAACAUUAUACGUGUUUAAGUUUUUAAACUUUAAGUAAAAUGUCUGAGCGUAAAGUGUUAAACAAAUAUUAUCCACCUGACUUUGAUCCGUCAAAGAUUCCUCGCAUGAAAUUGGCCAAAAAUCGCCAAUAUACAGUUCGUUUAAUGGCCCCGUUUAACAUGAGAUGUAAGACAUGUGGAGAAUACAUAUAUAAAGGAAAAAAAUUCAACGCCCGAAAAGAGGAUGUAGAAAAUGAAACUUAUUUAGGAAUUCGUAUUUACCGCUUUUAUAUUAAAUGCACAAGAUGUUUGCAAGAAAUUUCUUUCAAAACGGAUCCGAAGAACACUGAUUAUGAAAUUGAAGCAGGAGCAACACGCAAUUUUAUGGCACUAAAAUUGGCAGAGGAGCAAGCUCGCAGGCAAAUAGAGGAGGAACGUGAAGAGGAAGCCAACAAUCCAAUGAAGUUACUGGAAAAUCGCACCCAGCAAUCACGCAACGAAAUUGAAAUGCUUGAAUCAUUAGAAGAAUUACGAGAUCUCAAUCGACGACAACACAAUGUGGAUUAUGAGACGAUGCUCCAACAAUACAAUAGUAGUGAAACGGAACAAGAGAGACUAAAGCGUGAAGAAAAGGAAGAUGAAGACUUUGUAAAGUCUAUAAACUUUAAGGGAAGUAAAAGUGGAAUUAGUAAAAAAAUAGUUGCUGAAGAAAUUAUUGAAGAAAUUAAAGAUGAAACUAUUACACCGAGCGAAGUUAAAAAAGUGAAGCUCAGCAAUCCGGAUGUGAGCAUAGCUGAAAAUAUUUCUAGAAACAAAACCUCGACUUUAAAAUCUAUGACAUUCGUAAAACGCAAAACUCCUCUUGUCAUUCCAAAGUCAAAGCCACAAAACGAAGCUAAUAGUUCAUCAAAGUCAGACUUAAUUAAAUUGAAUAGUAAAAUACCUGCUGAACCUAAUAAUGAAGGAUCCAACCAAACAAUAUCAUUAUCAGCAAGUGAUAUGUCAAACAAAAUAGAAAAUGAAAAACCUGCCGAAAAUAUGAAGGGAGGAUUGUCGUUGCUGUCAAGUUACCUUAGUAGCUCGGGAGAAUCAGACUAACAAAAUAAAGAUGUUAGAAACCAACUAAUAUCGUUAUUUUCCUGCGUUAAAUCAAAAGUGACAAAGAAAAUAAAAACAAAAAUAAAUAAAAAUC